UGAAAAAGUGCUUAGAGGAGGUGAGCUAGCUAGUGAGAGGGAAUGUGAAGACUAGUUUCGGGGAAGUGUUACGAAAAAUAUUGAUUUGGUCGAGAAAUAUAUGUUUUGAUAAUCAAAAGAGAAGUUGGAGUCCGUAGUUAAAUCUGUUUGGGUACAUUUCGUAUUGAAAGAGUAUUUUGUCGACUACCUGUAAACUUAGCUAGCUGACGGGAAGACAUGUCUGGUGGUGGUGUUAUCCGAGGCCCAGCAGGAAACAACGACUGCAGGAUUUAUGUAGGGAAUUUGCCCCCUGAUAUACGUACCAAGGACGUCGAGGAUGUUUUCUACAAAUAUGGGGCAAUUCGAGAUAUUGACCUGAAGAAUCGAAGGGGAGGACCGCCUUUCGCCUUUGUGGAGUUUGAGGAUCCGAGAGAUGCAGAGGAUGCAGUGUAUGGACGAGAUGGCUACGACUAUGAUGGCUACCGUCUGAGGGUGGAGUUCCCCAGGAGCGGCAGGGGUGGUGGCAGAGGAGGCGGCAGUGGUGUUGGAGCCCCACGGGGCAGAUAUGGUCCUCCUUCAAGGCGCUCAGAGUACAGAGUCAUAGUUUCAGGGCUUCCUCCUAGCGGCAGCUGGCAGGACCUCAAGGAUCACAUGCGUGAAGCAGGUGAUGUAUGUUACGCUGACGUUUUCCGAGAUGGCACCGGCGUUGUGGAAUUUGUGCGCAAAGAGGACAUGACCUACGCAGUUCGAAAGCUGGAUAACACUAAGUUCCGCUCACAUGAGGGAGAGACAGCCUACAUUCGUGUGAAGGUGGACGGCCCACGCAGCCCUAGCUACGGGCGCUCACGCUCCCACAGCCACAGCAGGAGUCGCAGCAGGAGCAACAGCCGCAGCCGCAGCUACUCCCCGCGCAGGAGCCGAGGAUCCCCACGCUACUCGCCCCGUCACAGCCGCUCCAGAUCCCGCACCUAAAAAAAAAAGAAAGAAAAAAAAAAACCCAAGUCAUACCCCACUGUCACCCCCGGUUGACCUGAUGUUGUACUACUUCGACUGCUGACUUGUUUUGACUCUCAUCGCCCGUCCCCCCCAUGGUUUGCGUAUUACUGUUGGUUUUGUUUCUCAUGUGCAUGUUUUAUCUUCUUUGGUUAGAAAAAACGCAGUGGGUAGUGAGUGAAUGAGUCGUCUCUCCCUCCCUUCCCCCUUCUCUCUUCAAUCCCUUUUGCUGUUCCUGUCUUUCUACUUUGUGUUCCCUUUGUGACUUUGUCCUGUAUUCACAUUUUUAACUGGGUUUCCAGACUCAUCUCUUUUUACUUUGUUAUCAAGACAAGUUUCUGUUUGAAUGCUUUGAAUGUUCAUUUUGAUAUGGCUUUGCUAAUGAGUUUUCAGGGAAGGAAGUUGGGUUUUUAUUUUCUUGGACAGCAGACAUAUUGCAGAAAUGUUCUAUUUUUACCUUUUCAUGUCUUUCUGUAGACAUCAGAGGAGCAGAAUUAAAGAAUGCUUUGGAAUAAAGGAUUGUCGAGCACAGUUCAUUCAUAUUAGGAUAAAGCGUUUAUGGAGGACGAGGAGCAGGCUAUUCAAUUGAGGAGGCAAUGGUUUGGAUUGGAUUGGAGGAGGGGCUCACUGUCCCAAUCCUUGAAGCCGGAUGAGUGGAUCAUUACAGGAUAAGGAGCAGGAUUAGGAUUAGGAUAAGGAUGGAUGCAUACAUGGAGCUGGAUCAUUUUACCGGGAGCGGGAACCCCGUAGGAGAGGAUCCCCCCAGCCCCACAAUUAAAGGAGUUAAACCCAAAAGCGAAACUUUGCUUUUCAAUUGGCUCCCUUAGAAAGAAAUUUAAUUUUUUUUUGUUGUUUCGGUGGAACCCCAGAAAUUCACAGUGAUGGGAUCCUGCUUUUUUUUUUGGUCGCUUUUUUUUAAAUGAGGUUUUUCGUUUUUCUUUUUCUUUUUUUUUCUUUUUGGUAUAACAUGGAACAGUGCCAGGAACCAGAAGGACGGAUCAGUGUCUUUGGAUGGAAUCGGCAGGAGGAGCUAGGUAAAUAGAAGGGAGUUGAGUUUGGGGAGGGUGGGUUUUGGUUGGCCUAUACCAGGGGGAUUUUUUCGUAGAUUUAGGAUUGUUAAAACUUCCAAAGAACUCAUACCUUUGUAGGCCUUUGCUUGGAAGGAAAUAAUGGGUUAUAAAUUUGCUACAUUUUCUAAUACAGUUUGUAGUGUUCUUCUCUGUCCCACUCUUAAAUAAAGUUUGGAUGUCAUGAAUA